AUGGCGUUGGCAGCUGUGAAUCCUGACCUAGCCCGUGCUAGAACACAAGCGACUUUUGAUCCCUUGUUGCUCACAUAUUUUAUUUACGAUGGACCCGAAAAGACUAAACGAAAGCGCUUCUUACAAAAUUUAGCCGUUAAGGAUUGCAAAGAACAGCGGUUUUGCCGCUAUGCUGAACUCAGCAGGGAAGAACAAUAUGAGGAAUCGCUGCGCAAGUCUGCUUUUGCCGUCCUUAGAAUUCGUCAACUGGGACUUGAAGAUUCAACUGAAAUACGUUUCUUUCGAGAGGUUCUCUUUUCUAGUGAGCCUCACCCUUUCGGCGUCCAUGAAGUCAUGUUUAUUCCAACAAUAGAAAAACAGAGCACCAAUGAGCAGAGAGCAAAAUGGCUACCACUUGCCGAAAGAUUUGGUAUCAUUGGAACAUACGCUCAGACUGAAUUGGGUCAUGGUACUUUCCUGCGAGGCUUGGAAACAACCGCCACCUAUGAUCCAAGAGCAAAAGAGUUCAUCAUCAACUCUCCCACUGUUACAUCAGCUAAAUUCUGGCCUGGUGGAUUGGGCAAGACCUCUAACUUUGUUGUUCUGAUGGCCAAGCUGACCUCUAAUGGUCGAGACUGUGGGAUGCAACCAUUCCUGGUACAAAUACGAGAUCUGGAAACACAUCAGCCUCUUCCAGGUGUGAGUGUUGGAGACAUUGGUCAGAAGUUUGGAUUCGCCGCUAUGGAUAACGGGUUCCUGAAGUUCAAUAACAUCAGGAUUCCAAGGGAGAACAUGCUGAUGAAGCAUUCCCAAGUCCUGGAGGACGGCACAUUUGUCUCUCCAAAGAACGAUCGCCUUCUCUACGGUUCAAUGACUCUGAUACGAUCUCAGAUUGUGGGCAGUUGUGGACGCUCCCUGGCCAAGGCUGUUACCAUAGCAACCAGAUACAGUGUUGUUCGCAGGCAGUCUGAGAUCAUUGCCAGGACUGAUGAGGUCCAAGUAAUCGACUUCCAGACCCAGCAGUACCGACUGUUUACCCUGAUAGCCUCGGCAUACGCCUUAAUUGUGGCCGGACAAGUAUCUACACAAGCUUAUCUCAGUGUUACCAAGGAGACUGAAUCUGGGGAUUUCGAUAACUUGCCAGUUCUUCAUGCUCUCUCGUCUGCUAUAAAAGCCUUCAGCUCCUGGGAGAUGAUGUUCGGUGUUGAGCAGUGCCAACUGGCAUGCGGAGACCAUGGUGUUUUAUUAGCCAGUGGCUUGCCAAAAAUCUACACUAAUGAAGUUCCCGCCUGCACAUACGAAGGGGAAAAUGUGGUUCUUUGCCUUCAGACCGCAAGAUUUCUCAUUAAGAGUUACAAUGCAGCAGAAAAGGGAAAACAAUUGCCCAGUUUAGCCCGCUUCCUGCAAGCACCCAAGGGAGAGAAGAAUAAGUUGACCAAGAAACUGGAGUUGGACCAACUUAUUGCAGCUUAUGAGCACAGGGCAGCUAGACAAAUUCAGGAAGCCAACGCCAGACUUCAGAGCCAUCUGAGAAGAGGAGUCGGUGCAGCGGAAGCCUGGAACAGAUCCUCCCAGUCACUGGUGGAGGCAGUUGUGGCUUUCUCUCAGGCGUUUAUAGUGCAGGCCUUCAUAGAAAAAGUCACCUCAGCAAAACUGGAUCCCUCCCUUUCUGCUGUCCUUGUUCAGCUGUGUCAACUGUACGCGUUACAAGGCAUUGCCAGCAAUUCUGGGCAGUUUCUAAAGGGAGGCUACAUGAGUGAUCAUCAGCUGGAGAUGGUGGAGAACAAGCUGUACGAGUUGCUGGCAGCUCUUAGACCAAACGCUGUGGCGUUAGUGGAUGCCUUUGACUUCCCUGAUAAGGUUUUGGACAGUGAUCUGGGGCGUUACGAUGGAAAUGUGUACGAGGCCCUUAUGGAUUAUGCCAAGCGUUCCCGACUGAACAAAACUCAGGUGCAUGAAGGUUUCCUCAAGUACCAGAAACCCUUUGUUGAUUUCCUGAAGUCUCAAGGAGCCCAGUCUAAGCUGUGA